GUAUAGAAGACUCAAUUUUUUUUCGGAUUGCCUCGAACGAUGUUCUCUGAUUGGAUGGUAAACACCCGAAAACAAAGUCCUUAGCAAAUCUGUAAACAAUAAUGGAUUCCGUAUUUUCAUAAAUGAAAGAGGAAUCUAACAACUAAAUGACCAUGCCAGGGGAAAGAUUAUUAUAUGGAGCUGCGGGUGAGCCCCAGAACACCACAGUACUGAUGGAGACCAUUUACAAGCUGAAACAGGAAAUCCAGAAAAGCAAUGCAGAGAAACAGGCCUUGGCAGAGCAACUAAACUGUCUCAUUCUCUUAGUGAAAAGAUCUUGGGAUGGAGAUCACAAUGCUUCACUUCACUUAAGUAAUAUUGUAGGUGUUCCACCACCCAAUUUCCAUCACCCAAAUAGCCCCGAGGGUAUGACCACAAACACACCUGUACCAGAGAAUGAAAGGACAAAGGCUGUCCAGUUAUGGGAGCGUUUAGCUAUCAAACUUCUGGAGCAAGACAACAUGAAGAUCCAACAGGAGAUUCAUCAUCGUCAGCAGCUGUAUAUGGAGCGACGACAGAUGUACAUGGAUGAACUCCUGGAAUCCCAUAAAAAGGAAAUGUCUCAGCUUCCUGCCUCUCGUAGCAAGAAAAGUUUGGAGGAAGUAGACAAAAAGUUCAUGAAAGUUUACAAUAAGGGUUCUAAUAUCAACAGACCCUCUAGUGGAACAAGCACAACACAAGCUCGAGCAAAGAGUGCAGUCACCAGAACUAGAAAAGACAGUUCAAAUGGAAUUGAGUUAACCAUAAACGACAUACUCCAUCCAGAGCAUGCUCAUCUAAGACAAGAGACUAACACUGCCUUCUCAGGACUAUACAAGUUGGACAAGGAGAAUACCAGGCACCAGUCCCACAGUCGACUGGACUAUGACGACCCAGACAGAUACAAACCCGCUGGUAAUCUCUUUGACCUGGAUUCGGUGUUUGGACCAGAUGACCAAGUACCAGCUUCCAAGCGACCAAUCAGUGCAUUCCUUCCAAAUAGCUUGGAGAGACAGAAACAGAGGCCAAAGAGUGCAGGAGUAUUCCUCACUCAGAAGCACGAGAGACAGUUAAAGUAUGAUACAACAAGACCUGUGUCAGGAAAACCCUCAGAGAAAAAGAACAACCAGAGAAGGAAGUCUGCAGGUCCUAAACUAGCAGGGGGCCUGCUACAGAGAGAACAGGAGUAUCUGAUCCAAGGUCCUGUAGAUGCAGCAGACAGCAAAGAGGAAGGGUCUCCUAGCAACACUCCUACUCAGCAAUAUGAGGAGGAGGAGUCAGAUGAGGACCAGCAGCCAAUCAGAAUCAAGAUGAAAGCACACCCAAAACGCCCACAGCAUGUGGACAAAUUUUGUAAUGAUCUGCAGGAAAUGGAGGAGAUGGAAAAUGAAUUCAAGAAAAACACGAUAGCUCUGCAAAAGAAACUGGGCAUUGGUGAUACGGGGAUGGUUUUUUAGUUUCAAGACUGACAAUAACCUAGUAGUCCUUUAAAUGUACUGCCAUUAAUAACUAAACUGCUGAAAUGUUGUAAAUAACCUUUUUAUUUGUGUAAUUGUUGUUUUGUGAUAGAUUGUUCAGUAUGAUUUUUCCAUUCCCAAUGCAGGACAGCUGCAAUAACAGUUUUGUAUGGUGAAAUGAAACUUUUCAUAUGGCUUUAAAAUGUGUAAAUUAUAGUAUUAUAGUUGACUAAUAAUAGCAUUGUUAAAUAUUGACCGGCUUUGUUAUGUGGGUUGUUUUAAAAUUGUGUACAUACAUGUAAGAGUCCAAUGUGUAACAUAAUAGUUGAUUGAAUAUUUCUUCCAUUCCAUUUCUGGUACAUGUAUAUUAAAUUCUUCUUGUUUAAAUUGAUUUUAUUGUGUUACCUGUGAUGUGACUUUUACAAGAUACAACAAACUAAUUGUUGAACUGAGUGUUAUAUUCUAAUCUUAGAAAUAAAAAACAAAAACUUGA